UUAAACCCUAAAUUAAAUUUGAGAUUAAAAACCCUAAAUGGCGGCCAAUUGGAGAGUUGCGACCGCGGCCCUCCGUCGUCAUCUCCUAUCCCCACCGCCUAUUAUCUUUGCCGCCUUCAGGGAGUCCACCGGAGCCUUAUCCGCGGCUAAUCAGCGUCGUAGCUACACGACAGCUCUCGCUGAUGAUGAUCCGAGAGGGAAAUGGCUCACGCUACCUCCUUUCUCUCCCACCAUCGACGCCGCCGCGGUAGGAAAGGAGCUCUCUUUCGACGACGGAGACUCUGUCGUCAAAGGCUCAAAUGAUGGCUCAACGACGGCGCUGAGGUGGAUUCUUCGUUGCCGUCCUGACCUACCUAGAAACCUCGUACAGAAACUCUUUCGUUUAAGACAGGUUAGAAGACAAGUAGUAGUAGUAGUGCCUAUGAGUUGUGAACUACAAAGAAGCCAACUUAAAAGGGUGGCAGCCAAGGAGUCAUUGAAUGUGGGAGAUAGAAUUUACCUUCCUCUAUCUGUUGGCAAUGAUGCUCCCCAGCCUGCUAAGAAAGAACGCUUUCUUUGCAGUGAAGAAGAGCGCAAAUUCGUUUGCAGUUUAGUGUUGUACAAGGAUCCAGCCAUUAUUGUCUUGAAUAAACCUCAUGGUAUGGCUGUUCAAGGAGGGACUGGGGUGAAAACCAGCAUUGAUGAACUCGCUGCCACUUGUUUGACUUUUGAUAAGUCAGAAUCUCCCCGGCUGGUGCACAGACUUGACAGAGACUGUAGUGGGCUUUUGGUGUUGGGAAGAACACAAACAGCUGCAACACUUCUUCAUUCUAUAUUCCGCGAGAAAACAUCUGGUGCUUCCGCCUAUGGUGUCAAGAAGAACAUAAAAUCCUUGAAAAGAAAAUAUCUGGCACUCGUGAUCGGGUGCCCAAGACGUCAAAGGGGACAGAUCUCAGCGCCACUCAGAAAGCUUGUUGUGGAUGAUGGAAAAUCUGAUCGCAUCACAGUUAAUGACAAUGGAGAACUAGUUUCCACUCAGCACGCUAUCACUGAAUACCGAGUGGUCGAAUCUUCACCACAUGGAUACACAUGGCUGGAGCUUCGUCCUUUAACCGGCAGAAAACAUCAGCUCCGUGUACACUGCGCAGAAGUGCUAGGAACACCGAUACUCGGGGACUAUAAAUACGGUUGGCAAGCUCAUAAAACCAGGGAACCUUUUGUGUCUCCAGAAAACACCCGGACCAAGACAUCAUCUCCUUUUGGCCUCGAUAUGGAAGGUGGAGAUGUAUCUUCAAAACAGCCACACCUUCAUCUCCAUUCUAAGCAAAUCGAUCUGCCAAACAUCUGUCAGCUCUUGGAGAAAUUGGAGGUUUCUUCCGACUCUGAUAUCUCGGAUCUCGAUAGCCUUAAAUUCGAUGCUCCGUUGCCUACUCAUAUGCAGCUAAGCUUCAACUUGUUGAAAUCUAGAGUCGAAACUUGUGACUAUUGUUAGACUAUAUAUUCUUUUGUGUUCUUAAGGUCCCCCAAGUACGUGCUUUAUGUCGCUUUUGGACCUGAAUCAGUAUCAUACAAAGACGAAUCAUUGUGUUCACAUAUCGAUCUGCCAAACAUCUUGAUUCCCUUUGUAUUCCCA